AUGUCUAAAAAGCAAAAUUCAUAGUCAGCUCCUGAGAUUUUAUAGUAUAAGGUUCGACCUCAAAACCAUUAUUAAAUAGAAUAGUUGGUGUUAAAUGACAUGAAAAAAAGAAUUUUAAAUGAUGAGAUGAAUUCAAUCUAAUUCUAUGAUAUUAUCUAACCAGAUAUGGUAGAAUAUUAUUAUAUUUAGAAUGAAAUUGUAACAACAAAUCCGAAAGAUCUUACAAAGAAACCAAUAAAGUUACAUAAAAAAGUAAAACGUUCAGAUUUAGAGUCUAAUUUACGAAACAAGUUAGUUAAUGAACCUGGUGGUAAGUUAUUACUAUAAGAAAUGUAACUUAUUUAUUUAUUUUAGUUAUGAGAAGUUAGAUGAAGAUGAGAACUCUUAAUUGGUAAAACAAGUACUUCAUAAAGAAGAAUAAUUUAAGGGAAAUAGAUAAUAUAAGGCAGAAAGUGAUAAUUUAAUGGUGGCAAACUUAGAUUAAUGGUGGAAGUAAGUAAAGGUUUAGAAGUAGUAAGAAUUUGAAAAGAAAUAAUUAGAAAUAGAGAAAGAAAGUAUUGAGAAAUUGUUUUAAUAUAGAAUAGGCAAUUGCUUAACUUUAGAAGACUGCAUCAAUAUCUUCAUUUAGAAGAGGAGCUGUAGAUAAAAGAACUGGUACAACACUCUUGCCUGCAUUUCCUAAAUUAAUGUAAUCUCAAUCCUCUGAUGAUAAAUCUUCAUAGCCAGGAAAUGAAAAUCUUUUUAAAUAAAAAGUUAAAGGUUCUUUGGCUAAAAUAUCAAAUUAAAAAAAAGCAGAAUUAUUACAUUAAGAUAUGGGAUUAGUUAAGUAAUUAGAUAAGUAUCUUUAAUAAGGAUCUACUUUAACUUCAUAAGAAUUAAUUAAUAUUGAAUAAGCUAGAUAAAAAUAAUCACAUGAAGAAAAAUAAACAGAUAUUUUGAUAUUCGAUUAUACUGUAGAAGGUUUGAAAAAUAGUUUACAUACAAGAGUUAAGAUGCAUUUAACUAAUUUCUUAAAUGCUAAUGAAAGAGCUGUCUUUUAUGAAAAAUAAACAAAUUCUAUCUUAUAAUAAAUCAAUACUAAAUUAGAAAAAUAAAAAAAAAUUGUUUUUAAAAAUGAUCAUGAUUUAGAAUCUUUGAGAAUGGAAAAUCAUGAAAUAUAUAAUCGACUUAGAUCUAUUGAAGAUAUUUAAAAAUAAUUAAAAGAAGAACUUGGUAAGGUUGGUAAUAAUAAUAAUUCUUAAAUAUAAAAGACUUAGAAAUCUUCAAAUGUAGAUUUUUAUAUGGCUACAGUUGGAAAAUAAAAUGAAAUUGAAUCUCAAUUAGAAACUAUGAAAGAUAGUUAUAAAAAAUAUAAAUUACAAAUUAAACUCAAUUUUAAAUAGAUUGAAAAAUUAGAGGCUGAAAAUUCUAAAUUAAACAAAAAUAAUAAAGAAUUAUUAAAAUCAAUAUAAGGAUUUCUACUGGAAUUACUUAAAAUUGGUCUGGAUUGUAGAAAAUAAGGAUUAUGUUGGAUUGUUAAGGCUGUAUGGGAUACAAAUGAAAAAUUAUGUGAUGAUAAUUUUCCUUCUUAUUUAGACUCAAAAGGAAGAGAAUUUCUUAUUUAAAAAGCCAAAAAAAUGGUUGAAUUAAAUGAAUUAUUUAUAAGAGCUCAUCAAUUAUUUGGAAGUUAUCAUGGAAAGCUAGAAAAAUCUUAAGAUAAUUUAAAUACUUCUAUUUUAUCAAUAUUAUCUAAGAAUCAUUUUUCUUAAAUUGAUUCAGAAGAUAUUAAAAGAAAGACACUUAGAGAUAGAAGAAUGAAAUCUAGUGGAGAAAUCAAUCUAUUACUUAAAGGUUUAAAUAAAGAAGAAAAAUAAAGUAUUUAAGGAACUCUCACAUAGAUUUUCUAAAGUAAGUAGACUUUGAAUGACAUAAUUUAUACAGAAGCACAAAAGAAGAUAUAAAAAAUGUUUAAAACUGAAACUAGUAUAAUAUUAGAAUAAUCAUUUAUUUCUGAAGAUAAAGAGAAAUUAAUAAGAGAAUAUUAAUAAAUUUAAAAAGAUAUUGAAACAAAAGAGAUUAUGUUUAAGAAAUUUGAAGAUUGUGAAUUAUAGAGAAUUGUUAAAGAAAUCGAAUACAAAAAGUAUUUACAAAGGUAAUAUUAAAGUAUUAUAAUUUAAGAUUUUCGGUAGAACCCUUAUAAGUAUUGUCUGCAUUAUUUGGCUAUGUGAAAGCAGAAAGAGAAUUAAUAAAAUAAGGUAUGAUGCAUAUAUCAAAUAAUUGA